AUGAAACGGGCCUAUCUCCCUGCUCAAUUACCUUGUGUUGAUAUUUCUUGUCCAGUAGUGGGUGGUUCUAGUAGUGGUCCUGUUAUAGUUGAUUCUGUUAAUAAGGAUCUCCAGGUGAAUUCUCUGCCACCUCAAGGUACUGAACUGGAUGGGGGUAAGUUUGAAAUUGGUGGUGGUGGUGGUAAAGUGAAGACCAUCCAGCCUUCCCAAGCUGGUGCUGGUAAAGUGGAGACCUUGCAGUAUUCCCAAAUUUCUUCUGAUGUUGCUCCUAGCCAGGGUAGUAACCCUCAACUGAAGAGAGGAAGAGGUAGGCCUGCUAAAGAGAGGAGUAAAACCAAUGUGGGUGGCUCAAAGAACAAAUAUGAGGUGCUUAGUUCUAUUGAUCCUGAUGUUAUGCUUAGAAUGGCUUCUGUGGACUCUGGUAGGAAGCAAAGAGAAGCAUCCUUAGGUGUUGAGAAGUUAUUACAUGAUCUGAAACUUAAGAAAAAAGAAAAUGUGAGUAAAGCUAAGAAAUUGGAAGAAUGUGGUGGUGUUUCUUCCUCUCCCCCUGUUAUUGGCAUUUUGUGUCUCCUUGAAACGAGAGUUAAAGAGAAUAAUUCUGGGAUCAUCUUGAAUAAAAAAUUUGGAGACUGGGAUUUUUGUUGUAACUACAACCAUGCAACCAAUGGUCGUAUUUGGGUUCUAUGGCACAAAAGCAUUAGUUGUUCUGUCAUUUCAUGUUAUGAUCAUAGUGUUUCCAUUAGGUCAACCUUUGGGGGUAAGUCCUUUUGCAUUACUGCAGUUUACGGUUUCAAUGAAGGUAGUCUUCGAAAGCACCUAUGGGAUCAUCUAAGGCUUAUGGAAAGUAUAGUUGGAAAUGAGCCAUGGUUGAUAGGUGGUGACUUUAAUGUCACUCUCAAUUCCUAUGAAAGCUCUAUUCCUAUUAAUGUAGCUACGAGAGGAGACAUCUCCGAUUUUCAAAACUGUGUGGAUGUGUUAGGCCUCUCUGACCAUCCUUUUUCUGGCCCCUUAUUUACAUGGUCUAACAAGCAGCAGGGUUCGUUUUUAGCCCGGAAUCUCGAUCGUGUCCUUAUCAAUCCGGUUUGGUUUGGUUCUUUUGCUGACUCGGAGGUUGAAUUUCUAGCUCCUGGAGACUCUGACCACUGCCCUGCCUUUGCCUGGUUAUAUAAGUUUGCACCAGUCUCUAGACCGAAGCCCUUCAAGUUUUUAAAUUUUUGGACUCUCCACCCUCGGUUUAUGGAUGUUGUUGAAGAAUCUUGGCAGGUUCCUUCUUCAGGAAACCCAGCUCAGGUUCUAUUUUUGAAGCUCAAGAGAUUGAAGCGAUGUCUCAAAGACCUUAAUAGAUCUCAUUUCAGUGACAUUUAUGGUUUGAUCAAGGAAAAGAGAGAAGAACUCCAAAAAAUUCAGUUGGCCAAUUUAGAUCCUGGUGCCUCUGGCCAGGAUGUUAGUUUGGAAUUGGAGAUUGAAAAAGAAUUGAAAGCCCUUGAAAUUACUGAAUUGCUCUUUUACAAACAGAAAGUAAAGGUAAAUUGGCUCAAGGAGGGUGACCAAGGAACCAAAUUCUUCCAUUCCAUGGUGUCUAUUAGAAGGAAGAGUACCACCAUUAGAAUGCGUUAUGAUCAAAAUAGAACCAGACUGGAUACUUUCGAGGACAUGGCUAAUGAGGUGGUUAGGUUUUUUAAAAAUCAGCUGGGUAUGGCAGACUCAGGUGUCAUUGGUUCAAGUGUCAGCACCAUUAGAAAUCUGCUUGGUUAUUCACUCCCUUUGGAGGCUGUUGAUUUUCUCUGCAGUGAGGUCUCUGACUUGAAAAUCAAAGAUGUUAUUUGGGGGCAAGGGAAUGAUAAAUCCCCUGGCCCUGACGGUUACAACCCUUUUUUCUUCAAGGCUGCAUGGUCAAUUGUUGGUGAGGACUUCAAGAACGCAUUUAGGUUUUGUUUCAAUGAAUCCUUUAUUCUCCCUUCUUUUAAUGCUACUGCUAUAGUCCUUGUGCCUAAGAUCCCUAAUCCCAGCUCUAUCACAGAUUUUAGACCUAUUUCACUCUGCUCGGUUAUCUAUCAGACAGUGACUAAAAUCCUUGUUAAUCGGUUAUCUAUUGUUUUCUCUGGCAUGGUUUCAUUUAAUCAAACUGCUUUUUAUUAA